GGCGCGCGGGCGGGGCCCCCGGAGGUGGCGUCUCGGGGGCGGGGCGCCACCAAGCCGGAGGACAGUCUCGCUGGACUCGCUGGGUCCCACGCUCCGCGCCGAGAUGACGGCGAGCAAGCGGGUGGCGAAGGAGCUGGAAGAUCUGCAAAAGGAGCUUCCCAGGUACCUGCGGAACCUGGUCAGCGAUGAUGCCAACGUCCUGGUGUGGCACACACUCCUCCUUCCUGAGGAGACGCCCUACAACCACAGGGCCUUCAACCUGCGCAUCAGCUUCCCCAGGGACUACCCGUUAAAGCCCCCCACGGUGACUUUCACAACCAAGAUCUACCACCCCAAUGUGGACAGCGACGGCCAGGUUUGCCUGCCCAUCGCCAGCAAAGAGAACUGGAAGCCUUACACCAAGGCCUACCAAGUCUUGGAGGCCCUCAACAUGCUGGUGAAUAAACCAGACCUGGACCAGCCCGUGCGUGUGGAGCUUGCGGACCUCCUGAUACAGGACCCGUUGCUGUUUCACAAGAAUGCGGAAGACUUCACCCUGAAGUUUGGAGAGUCCCGGCCCUCCUAACUCUGCUUCUGCCCCUCCUCACUGGAUCCUCUCUGUGUGAUGGACAGACAGACCUCAUGGACUGGGGAGUAGAGCCCCUUGAUGGCCCAUUCCCUGCUCAUUUUUUCCUUUUUUUUUAAACUUCUUAGGUUGUUUGUUGUUAGUUGUGUACGUGUGUGGUGUGUGAAGACCUAGUCCCAGGUUCACCUGGCCACAGGUGUGCUUUCUCACUCCCUUUCUCUGCCCCAGGCAGGCAGUUUAGGUUUGCAGAGUAACAGGCCAGCUCUCCAGCACCGUCUGACAUGGGGAUCCUGGUCUCACUAGUUGCUCCAUCUUAGAGACCCAGGGCACCUUCCAGGCCAGCUCCCAGAAAUGAGGCCAGGAGCCAACCAGAAUGCCCCUGGAGCCCAGGCAUCCGGGUCAGAGGGGAAGUGGGCGGUAGCGGUGGGAGGCAGGGCAUAUAGAGGCAGUCAUGUUUGGGUGAUUGGUUGAUCACGUGAUUGAAAUCAGCCAGACUGCUGAUAGAUGUGUAUAGAUUUAGGCACUAAAGCUUUCUUUUCUACUAAUGAAUCACUAAGUGACGAAUCUGAUCUCCAUUCUGGGAAUCUAACUACAUAUAGUCCCGUUAGGUUGCCCCUUCCUGGGGGCCAGGCUUUAGGCUGGGAGGAGUGACCCCUCAGCUUCUAGUCCACGGGGAGUCAUGGAAAUCGUGUUUGUCCAGGCAUUAAAGUCGCAGAUGAAUCGUGGA